AUGACGUUAUCGUUUUACCAAGGCGAAAGAGCAAAGGCGAGUGACAACAAGCUUCUUGGCACCCUAGAAUUCAAGGGCAUCCCGCCCGCUCCCUACGGUGUGGCGGAGAUCACGUUCUGCGUCGACGUCGACGGCAAGGGCAACCUGAACGUGUCCGCCGAGGACAAGUCGACCGGGCGGAAGGAGACCAUGAGCGUACCGGGCGUCGGGGUGAAGGGAAAGCUUCUGACGGCGGAGGAGGUGGCGGAGAUGGCUCGACAAGGAGAGAAGCACGAGUAG